AAUGUUACUGCUGUCAUCUUUAGUUGGAUAUACAAAAUAACGUGAAUCUAACCUAUAAUAUUUGGUUUGCUUCGCACGUGUUAUUGUCUAAAAAGCGUGUUUAAAACAUUUAUUUAUAAUUGCAAUAACAUUUAGUCUUUCUCUAUCUCUUUCUCAUAAUUGAAUAGCAGUAAAGUAAAAUGCAGCACGAUGACGUUGUGUGGAGUGUUAUCAAUAAAUCAUUUUGUUCCUUCAAAGUAAACACAAAAACACAGCGAUUUUGCAGAAAUGAGUUCAAUCUUACUGGUUUAUGCAGCAGAGCUGCAUGUCCUCUUGCAAACAGUCAAUAUGCUACGAUUAGAGAAGAAAAUGGUAUUAUUUAUCUUUACAUGAGAACAGCAGAGAGAAUACAUACACCUAAAAAUAGUUGGGAGAAAAUUAAGCUAUCUAGGAAUUUUGAAAAGGCGAUACAUCAAAUUAAUGAAAAUCUACUUUACUGGCCUGGUUUCAUAAAAGCAAAAUGUAAGCAAAGGUUUCUCAAAAUCACGCAGUACCUUAUUCGUAUGAGAAAGUUUAGGUUAAGACGGCAGAAGAAAAUUGUACCGCUUCAGAGAAAGAUUGAAAGAAGAGAACGACGUAGAGAAGAAAAGGCUCUGACUGCUGCAAAACUAGAAAAUGCAAUCGAGAAACAGCUCAUGGAGAGAUUGAAAAAGGGCAUGUAUGAGGGUAUUUACAAUUUCCCACAAAAAGUGUUUGAUAAAGCUGUUGAGGCUGUUGAAGUUGAAGUAGAAAGUGAGGCAGAAAACGAGCAAGAAGAAGAGCAGGAGAGAGAACUCGAGAAAGAGGUGGAGAUAGAAUUAGAAGAUGAGAGAGAAAUUGAACAAAAUGGUCCAGAAUAUAUCGAAGCUGAUAGUGAUGAUGACUACGAAGAUGAUGAUGACGAUAUUGAAGAAUUUUCCAUGGAUGAAGAUAGUGACUCUGGACAGAAGGAAGAAAUUAAAUUAUCAGACAGCUUUGAAGCUAGUGAUAUUGAGGAUUUAAUCAAGCCGUCUACAAGUAAGAAGACCAAAGGACCGAAAGUUGUCAAAAAAGGAAAAACGCAUAAGAAACCACGAGCAAGAGUAGAAAUUGAAUAUGAAAUAGAAGAGGAGACACAGCAAAAUAAACGGGCGCGUAUAGCACAAUUGUAGUAUAUAUAUAAUUAUCUUUGUAAUAAAAUUACAUAAUUCUAUACAUUA